UGGCAGUCCUGCCCCGUCAUUCGCUUUUGACAAGUGUCAACGACUUGUAAAGUAAAGUUUUGUGAUAUAAUCUACAAAUUUUAUUCGUAGUUUUAAGGGUUCAAACUAAAUAGAAAGAUAUUCGAGAAAGAUGGGCGAGCAACAGUUCGAUUGCGCGUUGGACCUGAUGAGGCGGCUGCCGCCCCAGGAGAUCGAGAAGAACCUGAUCGACCUGAUUGAUCUGGUGCCGAGCCUCUGUGAGGAUCUGCUCUCAUCCGUUGACCAGCCUUUGAAAAUUGCCAAAGAUAAGGAAAUGCAUAAGGAUUAUCUACUAUGUGAUUACAACAGGGAUGGUGAUUCAUACAGGAGUCCCUGGUCCAACACUUAUGACCCGCCAUUGGAAGAUGGCUCAAUGCCCUCGGAACGCCUUAGGAAAUUAGAACUGGAUGCUAAUAAUGCCUUCGACAUGUACAGGGACAUGUACUUUGAAGGCGGUGUGUCCUCUGUUUACUUUUGGGAUUUGGAGCACGGCUUUGCUGGCGUUAUUCUCAUCAAGAAGACUGGGGAUGGUAGUAAAAGGAUCAAAGGCUGCUGGGACUCUAUACAUGUGGUGGAGGUGCAGGAGAAGAGUUCUGGGCGCACGUCGCAUUACAAAAUGACGAGCACCGUUAUGCUGUGGCUGCAGACAAAUAAACAGGGCUCUGGCACAAUGAAUUUGGGCGGAAGUCUGACGAGACAAAUUGAGCAGGAUGCGCCUGUGAACGACGUGAAUCCGCAUAUAGCGAACAUCGGGAAGAUGGUCGAGCAGAUGGAGAACCAAAUCAGAAACACGCUGAAUGAAAUCUACUUCAGCAAGACUAAGGACAUCGUGAACAGCUUAAGGUCAGUGCAGCCGCUGACGGAGACGAGGCAACAGCAGGCCCUGAAGCAAGACUUGGCGGCGGCGUUACAGCGUCGGAACAAGACCGACAACUGAUCCGAAGCCGAAUAUUACGAUUAUUAUUAUUAAUCCAUUACUACUACUACUACUAUUACUAUUACUACUAUUAUCAUUAUUAUAUAUUUUUUUAAAUUUACAUUAUACACACACACACACAACACCCAAACACAGACAGACAGACAUAAACAUAGAAGUAAAAAGGGAUACGAAAACAAAGAAACAAACAUCUUGAGGAUAAUAUAAUAAGGGCAAACAGAAGUUUUGCCUUGAACAUGUUAAAGGAUUUAUGCGGUAGAUAUAGAUAGGAACACAGAUUAUCAUUACUUUCUUUAACCUUCUUUGAUAUCAUAAACUUUUGUUUUUAAAAUGGGUCGCCUGCUUUUCUUUAUCCUGAAUAAUCGGGCGCCUGACUUGUUGCAAUUUAUAUUUAUUCGUUCCAUUUAUUAUUAAUUAAUUAAUUAAUAUUACACGAUUUUUUUUUACUUGAUAUUUUUAAGCACACUCUGAUCAACGAAACUGAUUUUUUUUUGUUUUGUUUCUCUCUUAACAAAAUUCGUUUGUUUUCG